AACAUUGUCCUUGUGUCUCUCAUUUCAGGAUGUGUUCUCAAUCCACCAUGGUAAUUUUCAAUAACACCACAUCAUCUUCGCCAAACUUCCUACUCACUGCAUUUCCUGGGUUGGAACUUGCUCACGUCUGGAUCUCCAUCCCUGUCUGCUGUCUCUACAUCGUUGCCCUCUUGGGAAACAGCAUGAUUCUGUUUGUCAUCAUCGUUGAGAGGAGUCUCCACAAGCCCAUGUACUAUUUCCUCUCCAUGCUGUCAACUGUUGAUCUAUGUCUGACCAUCUCAACCCUUCCCACUGUACUUGGGGUUCUCUGGUUUCAUGCCCGGGAGAUUAGCUUGAAAGCUUGCCUCAUUCAAAUGUUCUUUGUGCAUGGCUUCUCCUUCCUGGAGUCCUCAGUGCUGGUAGCCAUGGCCUUUGACCGCUUUAUGGCUAUCUGUAACCCACUGAAGUAUGCCAUUGUCUUCACAGACAUGAUAAUCUUGGUGAUUGGACUGGUCAUCUGCCUGCGGCAAGUUAUUUUCAUCUUUCCCAUGGUUCUAGCCUUGAAGAGUGUAUCUUUCCAUUCAGGCAAAGAGCUUUCCCACCCAUUUUGCUACCAUCCAGAUAUGAUCAAAUACACAUAUUCCAACCCCUGGAUCAGCAAUUUUUUGGGCAUGUUUCUUCAGCUCUACCUGACUGGCACUGACUUACUGUUCAUUCUUUUCUCCUACAUUCUGAUUCUCCGAACCGUCUUGAGCAUCGUGGCCCGUAAGAAGCAGCAAAAAGCUCUGAGCACUUGUGUCUGUCACAUCUGUGCUGUCACUGUUUUCUAUGUGCCAAUGAUCAGCCUGUCCUUUACACACCGCCUUCUCAGCUCCACCCCAAGAGUGGUCUGUAGCAUUCUGGCCAAUGUUUACUUGCUCUUACCUCCUGUACUGAACCCUAUCAUUUACAGCUUGAAGACCAAGACGAUCCGCCGGGCUAUGCUCCGGCUGCUCCAAUUUAAGGGCUCAGGGGGCCCCACUGUGAGGGGUCGUAGAGGACGGUGGGAUUGAAGGGGAGAUAAAUUAUGUUUAAGCAGGAAAUGGAUUUGGGUCUGUGCCAUCCUCAGACAUUUUGGUCACUAAGGCAGUUUCAACUAAACCAUUGGAGCUGAAAGAGGAGAAUACUCUUCCCCUAAACUUACUGAAGAGUUAAAACAAAACAACAAAAACACAACACUACAGUUCAAAACCAAAUUAAUUGUGU